UCUUGUUUGCUAACAAAAAAAAAAAGUAUUUUGAUCAUUUUUAUCAAAAAGAAAAAAAAAAAUCCUUAAUUCAAAUGGAUAGAUACGGGUAUUCAGGAAGAUACUGGAGGAUACAAAGGUUAAAUACUCUUUAUAGAUUAUUUUUAAAUGUCAUACCUGAAUUUCUUAAAACCGAGCAUGACUCUUUGAGUCUUAGACAAAAACAGUGGUGAAGAGAAUGGAGAAGCGGGAAGACUUGCGAUCAAUACUGCCAUAUUUGGGAGUGGUAGUCGAAGGAUCCUCAGUUCUGUGGCCAUCGCCCGUGAUCGAGCCGCUCAAAGCAAUCAGCCGAGGUCCUGACCACAGCGGAAUCCACUCCGGAGAGCUCCUAUUCCUCGCCAUUUCUGAUCUCCGCCACUCCCUCUCUCUCUCCUCCCAACGCCUCUCCGCUUCUGCUCCUCAUGGCUACGCCCUCUUCUUCGACAAGUUGUUGUCUAGGCCCGAAUCCUCCAAAUGGUUUGCAGAGGUCCUACCGGCGCUGGCCAAUUUGCUCUUGCGCUUCCCCUCUCUCUUGGAAUUCCACUAUCGGAAUGCGGACACUCUUAUUGAUGGAGUUCAAACAGGGCUUCGCAUAUUGAACUCCCAACAGUCAGGCAUUGUGUUUCUCAGCCAGGAAUUGAUUGGUGCUCUUCUCACAUGCUCCUUCUUCUGUCUGUUUCCAAUCACCAACAGAGAUGCAAAACAUCUUCCAAUGAUCAACUUCGACCAUUUGUUUUCGUGUCUUUAUGACAUUUACGAUGAAAAGAUGGAAAAUAAAAUAAAGUGCAUUGUACACUAUUUUGAGAGGAUUUGUUCACAAAUGCCUACUGGCCUUGUCUCAUUUGAGCGGAAAGUUCUUCCUUUGGAAGAUAGUCCUUUUUGUGUUACUUAUCCUAAGGCUGAUCUUUGGAGCAAAUCUGCAGUUCCUCUCUGCCAUUUUGAGGUUCACAGGUCAGGCCUGAUAGAAGAUCAAUCUAAGGAAGCUCUUGAAGUGGAUUUUGCGAACAGGUAUAUUGGAGGUGGUGCUCUCAGAAGGGGUUGUGUUCAGGAAGAGAUCCGUUUCAUGAUCAAUCCCGAAUUAAUUGCUGGUAUGCUUUUUUUGCCUUCCAUGGCAGACAAUGAGGCUAUAGAAGUGGUUGGUCCAGAAAGAUUCUCAAAUUAUACAGGGUAUGCCUCAUCCUUCCGUUUUGCCGGUGAUUAUGUGGAUAAAAGGGAUGUUGAUUUUAUGGGAAGGCGUAAAACAAAAAUGAUUGCAAUAGAUGCAUUAUGUGACGUGAGAAUGAGACAGUACAGACUUGAAUGCCUUCUCCGGGAAAUAAAUAAGGCAUUCUGUGGCUUUUUUGAUCAAUCCAAAUGUCAGCAGUACCAGAGAUUGUUUAAAGGUGAUGGACUUUGUGGGGCUCAUCUUGAUCAAGGGGUUCAAGGUCCUGACAGCAUCUCCUGGAACAAUCUUUUGUUACAGGAAGCUCCCUAUGCUUCUGUUGGAACAAAUGAAGGAAUAUAUGGGGACCAGCAGAUCAGAAAUGCUGAAGAAAAGGGUGGCCACUCUCUGGGCCAUCGAUAUGAUAUUGGAGUUGUGACAGGGAAUUGGGGUUGUGGUGCUUUUGGGGGAGAUCCUGAACUUAAGACUAUAAUUCAGUGGCUUGCUGCCUCACAGGCAUUAAGACCUUUCAUUUCAUACCACACAUUUGGUGUGGAGGCAUUAAAGACUCUGGACAAGGUGAUUCAAUGGAUUAUAUCUCAUAAGUGGACGGUUGGUGACCUCUGGGAUAUGUUGGUGGAGUACUCAACCCAGAGGCUAAGGGGAGAGACUAGUCUUGGCUUCUUUACUUGGCUCCUUCCAUCCCUAUCUGCCCCUGAUGCCACAGUGAUGGACAUGGCUGAUUAAACACUCCCUAUUCCCCUAACAGCAUCAGAGUGUUCUAUGGAUAAUUAGACACACAUUCACGGUGGCAGAAUCACAGGUGUUGAAGCAAGGAGGUUGAUGUCUGAGUAUUGUUUGGAUGUAACACUAAACCAUCAGAAGGAAGAAGGAGAACCUCCAGAUUUUAGGUUCCACUGAAUGAUCUUGUGUUAUUGUAUUAUUAUUAUUAUAGAGACUUACGAUUGAAAAUCAUAGAAGGAAACAUAAAAUUUGUGGGACAAAUUAACGACUUUUCAAUACUUGUCAUGGCCUCCUAUGUUGUCCUGUUGUCUCAAUUUGAAACGGGAAGUAGAUUGAAAUAUUGAAUUCA